UCAUUCAUGACCACGGUUUCUGGGAUUUUUUUUUUUUUUCAUUUUGGAAAUUUUGUUGAUUUCCGUUUAACUUCGAAGACCACUGGAGUCAACAGAUCAGAGUUGUAGAUUUGCAGUUUGGCCUAGAGAGAGAAAUCUUACGAUCUUAGAGAGAGAAGGAAAGAUGGCGGAGACUGUGCAUUCUCCGAUCGUGACUUACGCAUCGAUGCUAUCGCUUCUCGCCUUCUGUCCCCCUUUCGUCAUCCUCCUAUGGUACACAAUGGUUCAUCAAAAUGGAUCUGUUGCCCAAACCUGGAACUUCUUGUGUCAGAAUGGACUCCAGGGACUGAUCAGGAUAUGGCCAAGACCCACUAUUGUCGCUUGGAAAAUAAUAUUUUGCUAUGGAGCAUUUGAGGCUGCUCUUCAGCUGCUUCUACCAGGAAAAAGAGUUGAGGGUCCAAUUUCUCCUGCAGGAAAUAGACCUGUGUACAAGGCAAACGGUGUGCAAGCUUAUGCUGUGACACUAGCUACCUAUCUCGGCCUAUGGUGGUUUGGGAUAUUCAACCCUGCAAUUGUCUAUGAUCAUUUGGGAGAAAUAUUUUCAGCACUAAUUUUCGGAAGCUUCAUAUUUUGUAUUUUCUUAUACAUAAAAGGCCAAAUUGCACCUUCGUCCAGUGAUUCUGGCUCAUGUGGUAACAUAAUAAUUGACUUUUACUGGGGCAUGGAGUUGUACCCUCGAAUUGGGAAGAACUUCGACAUCAAGGUUUUUACCAAUUGCAGAUUCGGGAUGAUGUCUUGGGCGGUUCUUGCUGUCACCUACUGCAUAAAACAGUUUGAACUAUAUGGGAGAGUAUCGGAUUCAAUGCUGGUGAACACCAUAUUGAUGCUGGUGUAUGUUACAAAAUUUUUCUGGUGGGAAGCUGGUUAUUGGAACACAAUGGACAUUGCACAUGAUCGAGCUGGCUUCUACAUCUGCUGGGGUUGUCUGGUGUGGGUCCCCUCUGUGUACACCUCGCCGGGCAUGUACCUUGUGAACCACCCUGUGGAACUUGGAGCUCAGUUGGCAAUUUAUAUUCUGGUGGCGGGCAUCCUAUGCAUUUACGUAAACUAUGACUGCGAUAGACAAAGGCAGGAGUUCCGGAGGACAAAUGGGAAAUGUCUUGUUUGGGGCAGACCCCCGACAAAGAUAGUGGCAACAUACACUACAACGUCGGGUGAAACUAAAACCAGUCUUCUUCUAACCUCUGGAUGGUGGGGAUUGUCUCGCCACUUCCAUUACGUACCCGAGAUUCUAAGCGCCUUCUUCUGGACAGUUCCCGCCCUCUUCAAUCACUUCUUGCCGUAUUUCUACGUCAUAUUUCUGACGAUUCUUCUUGUCGACCGGGCCAAGAGAGAUGACGACCGAUGCCGAUCCAAGUACGGCAAGUAUUGGAAGCUGUACUGCGAGAAAGUCCGUUCCAGGAUUCUUCCAGGAAUCUAUUGAUAAAACCCGUUCUGAGAUUUCUUCUUCAUUGUCUGGGAUAAUUAUGCGGACAGUUUUUUCUUGGGCUAAAAUGGAUAGAUAACUGAUCUUCACUUGUUUGGUAAAAUAUUUCAGAUUUUUCCUUUUUUUCUUCUCAAAAUUCUAUUUAUUAAUCGCUGGUCAAUUUUGUUUA